CGCGGCCUGAAGGGGAUGGAAGGGGAGAAAGGCGACAAGGGUGACCCGGGCCUCCCAGGAGAGAAGGGAGGAAGGGGCGAGCAAGGGGAAAAGGGCUCCACAGGCUUUCCAGGAGCACGCGGCCCAGGGGGGCAGAAGGGUGAAGUUGGCAAAUCGGGAGACCCCGGAGAGUCGGGCCUGCCAGGAAAGGAUGGAAUCCCAGGAGCAAGAGGGGAGAAAGGGGACAUAGGGCCAUUGGGAAUGCGAGGCCCGAAGGGGGAUCGGGGAACGAAAGGUGCCUGUGGCCAGGAUGGAGAUAAGGGGGAGAAGGGUGAGCCGGGGAUUCCAGGCCGAAUGGGACUUCCAGGAAGGAAGGGUGAGCUGGGAGAGCUGGGCAUGCCUGGAACCCCAGGAAUCCCAGGGAAAGAAGGUCUCAUGGGACCCAAGGGUGACAGGGGAUUUGAUGGUCAGCAGGGAGCCAAAGGAGACCAGGGAGAGAAAGGAGACCGGGGUACUCCAGGCAUUAUUGGCUCCCCAGGCCCUAGGGGCAAUGAUGGAGCACCUGGCCCACCUGGCCCACCAGGUGGCGUUGGCCCUAAGGGCCCUGAGGGGAUUCAAGGGCAGAAGGGUGAAAGAGGCCCUCCAGGGGAGUCGACUGUAGGGACCCGAGGCGUCCCUGGGAUUCCAGGAGAGAGAGGAGAUCAGGGGAAUCCGGGACUCGAAGGCUCAAGAGGAGAGAAGGGGGACCCUGGCAUGACGGAACAAGAGAUCCGCACAUUUGUCAGGCAGGAAAUGAGUCAGCACUGCGCUUGCGGAGGGCAGCUCUCCUCUUCUGAACCACGAGGAUGGGGGACACAUGCAUGGAACAGACAAAAAUCUUCCAGGAGAGGGAGAAGAAAUACCAGAGGAAAUCAGGAUCGCGGCAGAACAGGUCUUCUCCCCAACUAUCCAUCCACCCAACCACGCCCGUCUGUUAAUGCUCAUCUAGUCCCUGUGCUUAAGUUGUCACACGCUGAAGAAGAGGAAGGGCACGAGGCGCGUGUUGUGAACACAAAUGACCCUGAGUAUGAGCAUGUCUACGCAAUGGAGUACUAUGAAGAGGGCCUGGAAGCUGAUGGGACAGAGAGCACCAUGCUGAGCGAUGCUGACCUCUGCAGCUUGCCCCUGGACGAGGGAGACUGCAGCAGAUUCACACUCAGGUGGUAUUAUAACCAAAAAGUGGCAGAGUGCCGGCCUUUCGUCUACAGUGGCUGCAGGGGGAACCUUAACCGUUUCUACACCAAGGAGGACUGUGAUCUCCAGUGCAGGCACCAGGCAGAUUCAGAUGCCCAAAUUGCUGCUGACAACACAUCAGAUGGGAAGAGGAAUGUGUAAACUGCCCUAUUUUAGUGGGGUUUCCCUGUCCAAGGAGGAAUUGACCAAAGGGGGAGAAGACCCCACCUGCUCUCUGAGUGAAAGACUCUUAACAGGCUCCUACAGAGGAACCUACUCUGGGCCUCCCCCAGGUCCCGGCCACACAUGGUGUGUUUGGUCUGAGACUCUCCUUGUUGCCAUCUCUGCUCCCUGCAGCGCUGCCCCACAUGUCAGAUUGCUGGAGCAGAGACUUGGUGCUAUUUCGUAAUGUGUUUGUGCUGCUCUUGGUUUUACUUUUUUAUUAUUAUUUUUAAAUUAAGGUGAAAUUUUUAUCAAAUGGAAAAAAAAGAUCUAUAACCUCUUUAAAAAGCCAACAGUUUUGAAUUAGAGCUUUUUUAACUUAUGUGAUGCGGAUUAAGAACACACACAAUGCGUUAGCUGGUCCAAACCUGUUCAUAUGGCCACCUGCUUUAUUUCUGGUUCAAAGGCCUGUGGGCCCCUGCUUGUGAAAUGGACUAGCCAGCUUGAAUGUCUCCUUGCCAAACUGCUCCUGUGGAAUUGGUGAACCACUCGCUCAAUGAGCAGAGCUGUGAAUGGCAGCAUAAAUGCACAAAGCCCCUGGUUUCAGUGCCAAAGUUUGCAUGAUGUUAAUUCUCCAAAGGGUAAAAUCUUCUUGGUUUCUGCGUGGAAGCUGCGCCACUCCAUCCCCCAGGCACUGGAAAUGCUCCUUCGUGUCUUGUAACUCUGUCCUUUCUUUUCUCUUGCUGUUUGUCUUUUGGGGGGACUCGUUGGGCUGUUGGCAAUUCCACCCAAAAGGCAUACAGGCUGCCUUCCUCUCCUGGCAUAUCCCAGGCAUUUGGACUGGAGGAGGAAACACAACUCAGUUGGGCAGCCCUUGAAUCUUAGAGAUGCGAUCUCAUGGCUUGGAAGAGACUGACUAGGUGUCAGUUCUCCUCAGGCCCCCAGCAAGAGCCAGAGCCAGGGACCUUCUCUAUAGGCAAUUCCACCAUUCUCAGCCCAACUCUUCUCUUAGCUCCAUGCUCAGAAGCCCUCGCAGACAAGCACGUUGCAAAUAGCAAAAUAUGGUUUACUGCUUGGCAGUGGAGAUCAGCCUCUCUCUCUCAUGGUCUGUGCAUUUUCCUCUGGAUCCCCAAGAAAUUUGUUCUGCUCCAAAACAGCAUUUCCCUCUGGAUCCCCAAGAAAUCUGUUCUGCUCCAGGACAGGAUUUGCCAAAGGAAAGGACCUGGUUGGUGUCUCAAAUCUCCAUGCUCUGGUAGGACCAGACUGUUUGCACACUCCAUUCACCAUCAUCUCUGCCUUUUUUUUUCAAACCAUUUUAUAGUAACUAAGGGUGGUGAGUGGGGCUUGUUAAAGGCACUUUCCUGCUGGCCUCUGCCAAAUCCUGGAUGUUAGCUACAUCUCCCGUGUGCUGCUCCCCUGCACUGUGUGCUGCUUGAUGUCUGCAAACAUUCAGCUGGGAUAAAACAGCUGCUGGGAAAUUCAAUUCACACGUGGAUGGACCUCCAGUGCAAUUUUGUGCCCAGGCAAAGGUGAUUUUACAGAGGUCACUGGGAAUAUCCAAGACUUCUGAUUAAAGAAAAGAAAUCAGGAUGUUGUAAAAAUUAAUUUG